CCAUUUCAUUCAUUUGUAUAUGUGGCAGCCGCGGGUGUAGAUUGUUCGUCAUAUUUCUCCGAAAUAGCAAACUUAAUAACCCCUAUAUUAUCUUAAUGUAGUAUUUAAAAAUUAGUUCGUGGAUUCAAAGGAUCGCUUAUUGUCCGGUUCGGUUAAUUUAGGGCGUGAGCAUACGCAGCCAUGGCGCAAAUGUUACCGAUACGUUUUCAGGAGCAUUUACAGCUCACAAAUGUGGGCAUCAAUCCAGCCUCGAUAUCCUUCAACACACUCACAAUGGAGUCAGAUAAGUUCAUCUGUAUACGUGAGAAAGUUGGUGAGACGGCUGAAGUCGUCAUCAUCGACAUGGCUGACCCCACCAAUCCGAUCCGGCGGCCGAUCAGCGCGGACUCAGCCAUCAUGAACCCCGCCAGCAAGGUUAUUGCCUUGAAGGGAAAGGCCGGGGCUGAAGCAGCUCAAAAGACCCUCCAGAUCUUCAACAUCGAGAUGAAGUCGAAGAUGAAGGCCCACACGAUGACCGAAGACAUCGUUUUCUGGAAGUGGAUAUCCCUAAACACCCUCGCGCUCGUCACCAAGAUGUCGGUGUACCACUGGUCCAUGGAGGGCGACUCCACGCCCGUCAAGAUGUUCGACAGACACUCCUCGUUAGCAGACUGCCAGAUCAUCAAUUAUAGGACCGAUCCGAAACAACAGUGGCUGCUUCUUGUUGGUAUCUCAGCCCAGCAGAACCGCGUCGUGGGCGCGAUGCAGCUCUACUCGGUAGAGCGCAAGUGCUCACAGCCCAUCGAAGGGCACGCCGCCUCCUUCGCCACCUUCAAGGCGGAAGGCAACGGCGAGCCCUCUACCCUGUUCUGCUUCGCCGUCAGAACAGCACAAGGCGGAAAACUGCAUAUCAUUGAGGUCGGCCAAACGCCUGCGGGCAACCAGCCCUUCCUCAAGAAAGCAGUGGACGUCUUCUUCCCCGCCGAAGCACAGAACGACUUCCCCGUCGCCAUGCAAGUCUCCCCGAAGUAUGACGUCAUCUAUCUCAUCACCAAAUACGGCUACAUACACAUGUAUGACAUUGAGACUGGUACCUGCAUUUACAUGAACCGUAUCUCGUCAGAUACGAUUUUUGUUACGGCACCUCAUGAAGCAACUGGCGGUAUUAUUGGUGUAAACCGCAAAGGCCAGGUCCUCUCGGUGACUGUCGAGGAGGACUCCAUCGUGCCGUACAUCAACACGGUGCUGCAGAACCCCGAGCUGGCGCUGCGGCUCGCUGUCAGGAACAACCUCGCCGGCGCCGAAGAAUUGUUCGUUAGGAAGUUCAACAUGCUGUUCACUAAUGGACAGUAUGGGGAGGCCGCUAAGGUAGCAGCGAUGGCCCCGCGCGGCAUCCUGCGCACCCCGCAGACCAUCCAGCGCUUCCAGCAGGUCCCGACGCAGCCGGGACAGACGUCGCCGCUGCUGCAGUACUUCGGCAUCCUGCUCGACCAGGCGCAGCUCAACAAGUUCGAGUCCUUAGAGCUGUGCAGGCCCGUCUUGCUGCAAGGUCGCAAGCAACUGCUUGAAAAAUGGUUGAAGGAAGAGAAACUUGAAUGCUCUGAAGAGCUGGGUGACCUAGUGAAGCAGGUGGACCCGACCCUCGCUCUCUCCGUGUACCUGCGCGCUAACGUCGCCAGCAAGGUCAUACAGUGCUUCGCUGAGACCGGACAGUUCCAGAAGAUCGUGCUUUACGCUAAGAAGGUGGGCUACACGCCGGACUACAUCUACCUGCUGCGCUCGGUCAUGCGCACCAACCCGGAGCAGGGCGCGGGCUUCGCGGGCAUGCUGGUGGCCGAGGAGCCGCCGCUGGCCGACAUCCAGCAGAUCGUGGACGUCUUCAUGGAGCAGAACAUGGUGCAGCAGUGCACCGCCUUCCUGCUCGACGCGCUCAAGAACAACCGCCCCGAGGAGGGGCCGCUGCAGACCAGGCUGCUGGAGAUGAACCUGAUGUCGGCCCCGCAGGUGGCGGACGCCAUCCUGGGCAACGCCAUGUUCACGCACUACGACCGCGCGCACGUGGCGCAGCUGUGCGAGAAGGCGGGCCUGCUGCAGCGGGCGCUCGAGCACUACACCGACCUCUACGACAUCAAGCGGGCUGUGGUUCACACCCACCUCCUCCCCGCGGACUGGCUCGUCACAUACUUCGGCAGUCUCUCCGUUGAAGAUUCUCUGGAAUGCCUCAAGGCCAUGCUACAAGCCAACAUCCGCCAGAACUUACAGAUCUGCGUGCAAAUAGCCACCAAGUAUCACGAACAGCUGACAACCAAGUCUCUGAUCGAGUUGUUCGAGAGCUUCAAGACUUACGAAGGGUUAUUCUACUUCUUAGGAUCCAUUGUCAACUUCAGCCAAGAUCCCGAAGUACACUUCAAGUAUAUUCAGGCUGCCUGCAAGACCGGCCAGAUCAAGGAAGUGGAACGUAUCUGCCGCGAGUCGAACUGUUACAACGCGGAGCGCGUGAAGAACUUCCUGAAGGAGGCCAAGCUGCCCGACCAGCUGCCGCUCAUCAUUGUCUGCGACCGCUUCGACUUCGUGCACGACCUCGUGCUCUAUCUGUACAGGAACAGCCUCCAGAAGUAUAUCGAGAUCUAUGUGCAGAAGGUGAACCCAUCCCGUCUGCCGGUCGUAGUGGGCGGUCUCUUAGAUGUGGACUGCGCUGAAGACAUUAUCAAGAACCUCAUCUUGGUCGUGCGAGGACAGUUCUCCACUGAUGAACUGGUCGCUGAAGUCGAGAAGAGAAACAGAUUGAAACUGCUGCUGCCCUGGCUAGAGACCCGCGUGCACGAAGGAAGCACAGAGCCUGCCACACACAACGCACUCGCUAAGAUAUACAUCGACUCCAACAACAACCCUGAGCGAUUCCUCAAAGAAAACCAAUGGUACGACUCCCGCGUGGUGGGUCGCUACUGCGAGAAGCGCGACCCGCACCUGGCGUGCGUGGCGUACGAGCGCGGCCAGUGCGACCGCGAGCUCAUCGCCGUCUGCAACGACAACUCGCUGUUCAAGACGCAGGCGCGCUACCUCGUCCGGCGCCGCGACCCCGACCUGUGGCUCGACGUACUCGCCGAGGACAACCCCUACAAGCGACAGCUCAUCGACCAGGUGGUACAAACAGCACUCUCAGAAACCCAGGACCCUGAAGAUAUCUCGGUAACAGUGAAGGCAUUCAUGACAGCAGACCUGCCUAACGAGCUUAUCGAGCUCCUCGAGAAGAUUGUACUCGACAACUCCGUGUUCUCCGACCACAGGAACUUGCAGAACUUGCUUAUACUUACUGCAAUAAAGGCGGACCGUAGCCGCGUAAUGGAGUAUAUCAACCGCCUGGACAACUACGACGCGCCCGACAUCGCCAACAUCGCCAUCAACAACGAACUCUAUGAGGAGGCCUUCGCCAUCUUCAAGAAGUUCGAUGUCAACACCUCUGCCAUUCAGGUGUUGAUCGAGCAAGUGAAGGACUUAGAGCGCGCGUACGAGUUCGCGGAGCGCUGCAACGAGGCGGGCGUGUGGUCGCAGCUGGCCAAGGCGCAGCUGCAGCAGGGCCGCGUCAAGGAGGCCAUCGACUCCUACAUCAAGGCGGACGACCCCUCCGCCUACAUGGACGUCGUGGCCACCGCCACUGACACACAGUCCUGGGAAGAUCUCGUGCGGUACCUGCAGAUGGCCCGCAAGAAGGCGCGCGAGUCCUACAUCGAGUCUGAGCUGAUCUACGCGUACGCCCGCACCGGCCGCCUCGCCGACCUCGAGGAGUUCAUCUCGGGCCCGAACCACGCAGACAUACAGAAGAUCGGAGACCGCUGCUUCGAUGACAAGAUGUAUAAUGCAGCCAAACUGCUAUACAAUAAUGUCAGCAACUUUGCUCGCUUGGCCAUCACACUUGUACAUCUUAAGGAAUUCCAGGGUGCGGUGGACAGCGCCCGCAAAGCCAACUCGACCCGCACCUGGAAGGAGGUGUGCUUCGCCUGCGUGGACGCGGGCGAGUUCCGCCUCGCGCAGAUGUGCGGCCUGCACAUCGUAGUGCACGCCGACGAGCUGGAGGACCUCAUCAACUACUACCAGGACCGCGGACACUUCGACGAGCUCAUCAGCCUGCUGGAGGCCGCGCUAGGCCUCGAGAGGGCACACAUGGGCAUGUUCACCGAGCUCGCCAUCCUCUACUCCAAGUACAAGCCCGUCAAGAUGCGCGAACAUCUGGAAUUGUUCUGGUCCAGAGUUAAUAUUCCUAAGGUUCUCCGCGCGGCGGAACAAGCUCACCUGUGGUCGGAGCUGGUGUUCCUGUACGACAAGUACGAGGAGUACGACAACGCCGCGCUCACCAUGAUGCAGCAUCCCACCGAGGCCUGGCGCGAGGGACACUUCAAGGAUAUUAUCACCAAGGUCGCGAACAUGGAGCUAUACUACAAAGCCAUCCAGUUCUACCUGGACUAUAAGCCUCUCCUACUGAACGACCUGCUGCUGGUCCUCGCCCCGCGCAUGGACCACACGCGCGCCGUCACCUUCUUCACGAAGGCCGGACACUUGCAGCUCGUCAAGGCCUAUCUGCGCUCUGUACAGAGCCUCAACAACAAGGCUGUUAAUGAAGCCCUCAACUCAUUGCUCAUUGAUGAGGAGGACUACCAGGGUCUAAGGACAUCGAUAGACGCGUUCGACAACUUCGAUACGAUCGCGCUCGCGCAGCAGCUAGAGAAACACGAACUCACCGAGUUCAGAAGGAUCGCCGCUUACUUAUAUAAAGGCAACAAUAGAUGGAAGCAGAGUGUGGAGCUAUGCAAGAAGGACGCGCUGUACGCGGACGCCAUGGAGUACGCGUCAGAGUCGCGCCAGCCUGAUGUCGCGGAGGAACUGCUCAACUGGUUCCUCGAGAGGGACAAUUAUGAGUGCUUCUCAGCCUGCUUGUACCAGUGUUACGACCUGUUGAAACCUGACGUAGUUAUCGAACUAGCGUGGAGACAUAACAUCAUCGACUUCGCUAUGCCCUUCCUUAUUCAGACGGUGCGCGAGCUGACGACGAAGGUGGAGAAGCUGGAGGAGGCGGACGCCAAGCGCAGCACGGAGAGCGCCGAGCACGACGCCAAGCCCGCCAUGCUCAUGGAGCCGCAGCUCAUGCUCACGGCCGGGCCCGCGCUGCCCGUGCCCGGCGUGGCCUACGCGCCCGGCGUAGCGCCCGGCGUGGCGCCCGGCGCCGCCUACGCCUACGCGGCGCAGGCGCCCUCGCCCGCGCCCUACCACGGCUACGGCAUGUAGGCCGCGCCGUAGCGCCCGCUCUAUGCGCUCGCGACCGCUCCGUCGCCGACUUCGCGUAGGACUUAUGAACUAGCUUAAGUUUUCUACUCGAAAGUGCGGGUUAUUUUUCUAUGCGCCGAGGCCUAAACUUAUAGUGUUUCCUUUGCGUCCCCUGUAAAAAAAGUAUUAUGUCGACGGUCGAAAGUGCAUAGAGUAUAUUGAAAUUGAAAUGUUACGCGUAGUUUAGCCGUCGGGCCGAUACGUCACGGAUUAAAUAUUGUUAGCCUGUACAAAUUAUUAUAUUAAUAUAUUUGAUUGCUAAAUAGCUCUCAUUACUACAAAGUGCUUUAUUUUUUAAUCGUGUAUGAGAGUUAUAUAGAUAUCAUGAGAAUUGUCGCUUGCGAUUAAUAUUAACUUCGUUUAAAGCGGUCACUUACACAUUAAUAUGUUAACGCGAUAAUCGAAUAUUAAAUGUUCAGCAAUCAUGUACCUUUGUGUGGGACUGUCGCGAGAUGAGAGAGUAAACUUUGGUUAUCUAUUAUACAGAAGUUACUAUCAUUCAUUCACUAGCUAUUUAUGAAGACAUUUCUUUUAUUUUCAUCGCAGUUUUUAAUGAAACUGCGAAGAGUAACGAUGUAUAAUAAAAAUAUUCAUGUUUAACUGUCUUAUAUCAAUACAGUCCACAUACACAUGUUUCUAAAAUUAGAAAAAGUUAAUAUUGUAAAAUAUUUGGUGUACUGUGAACUAGAUGCUGUUAUCACGACUUAGUGCGAACUAGAGUAGUGUUGUGUCAAACGGUGCUUAUAGAGGUCACAUAUUACGUCCAUUGAACCGUCAAUGAGACACAUAUACCCCUCGUGAAGUCCCGAGUUCCCGGCCCUUGAGUAAGGAUUACAUUCUUGAAGCUGCGGCCUCUCUAAGCACAGACACCGCCACUCGGUACAUACGACAUGUAAUAUACGUAUAUGUACAUAGUGGAAAUACAACACGACAAAUAAUAAACAAAAAUAUAAUGAAAUUAAUAUUCGAAUAAUUACAUCGGAAAUUAGCAAUUAAUGUAAAAUCUUUAUUAUUAUUUUUUAUCUUUGUUAAUCAAUAAUUAUGAGAAUCACUUAUUUUUUGUUUCCAAAAAGUAUAGUGGAAUAUAGAAUCUAUGCAAGACGACUGAACAGGUUAUGUGUUUACUCAAUCGGCAGCCCAGUAACAUGCCGUGCAAUAAUUCGGUUAAAACAAUAGUUAACAUCAGAUAUGAUAAUAUUGUUAUAUGUAUAUAAUGAUGCCCACAUAGUUAUGUUAUUAGCCAGUUGAAAUUAUCUGAGAGGCCGGGUUGCGCCGGUUGCGCGGCGUCUCUACGGUAAAUGAUAUAUUUUCUAGAUACGUUUAGUUUUACUUUAGGCGUAACUAGUGGCACGAAGUAAUUUGUGUUAUGUUUGCGAGUGUGCGUGCUGCUUCACCUUGCGUUGUCGUUCAGGUUCAUUGAUGCCUUCACUAGAUGAUAAGUCAUGUAAUGCGAGCGGCGCCGUCGUAUCAUUAUUAUCAUUUGUAGAGAGUAUUUUUAUGUAUAAUUAAAAUUGAGCGGUGCCCGAGUCGGAUUAGUGUAACAGGCGGCUGUAGCGUCGCCCACUCUACAUAUUGUUACGCCAUAGUAACUUACUGUUGCGAGUUGCAAAUAAAUUAUAAUCAUUGAUGUUAAAUGAUUCAUUCAAAUCAUUCCUAUCAUUAACAAUCUACGAUCGAUGGAUAUAUCGAUAAGAAUAUUGUUAUAGUUUUCACUUUCUUUCGAAUAAAACAAAUUUUAUUAACUUAAAAUACAGAAAGAAAGUUCACUGUUUAUUAUUAGCAUUGUAUUUAUUCAUGUAUGAUACUGUUUCCCUGAAUUUUAUUAUUGUAAGAUUAUAUUAUAUGAAUAAAUGAAAUGAA